CACUGGUCCUCGCCGCGCCACCGCGCCAUUUUGCCGGGGUUUGAAUGUGAGGCGGUGCCGCAGCUGGAGCGGCAGAGCUGGGUACUGUGUAAAGCCGGGCAUCCUCUUCUCCUUUCUCGUAUUCCUAAGAGGUUCUGCCACAAUGGAACUAAGUGAUGCAAAUUUGCAAACACUAACCGAGUAUUUAAAGAAAACUCUUGAUCCUGAUCCUGCUAUCAGACGUCCAGCUGAGAAAUUUCUCGAGUCUGUUGAAGGAAAUCAGAAUUACCCAUUGUUGCUUUUAACAUUGCUGGAGAAGUGUCAAGAUAAUGUCAUCAAAGUGUGUGCCUCAGUAACAUUCAAGAACUAUAUCAAGAGGAACUGGAGAAUUAUUGAAGAUGAACCAAACAAAAUCUGUGAAGCAGAUCGGAUAGCCAUUAAAGCCAAUAUAGUGCACUUGAUGCUUAGCAGUCCUGAACAGAUUCAGAAACAGUUGAGUGAUGCAAUUAGCAUCAUUGGUCGAGAAGAUUUUCCUCAGAAAUGGCCUGACUUACUGACAGAAAUGGUGAAUCGAUUUCAGAGUGGAGACUUCCAUGUUAUCAAUGGAGUUCUUCGCACAGCACACUCAUUAUUUAAAAGGUAUCGCCAUGAGUUUAAGUCAAAUGAGUUAUGGACUGAAAUUAAACUUGUUUUGGAUGCUUUUGCAUUACCCUUGACAAAUCUUUUCAAGGCUACUAUCGAGCUGUGCAGCACCCAUGCAAAUGAUGCAUCUGCUCUGAAAGUCCUUUUUUCCUCUUUAAUUUUGAUUGCAAAAUUAUUCUACAGUUUAAACUUUCAGGAUCUGCCAGAAUUUUUUGAAGAUAACAUGGAAACAUGGAUGAAUAAUUUCCAUAAUCUCUUAACUUUAGAUAAUAAGCUGCUACAAACUGAUGAUGAAGAGGAAGCGGGUUUAUUGGAGUUGUUAAAAUCUCAGAUUUGUGAUAAUGCUGCACUCUAUGCCCAAAAAUAUGAUGAAGAAUUCCAGCCAUACCUGCCUCGAUUUGUCACAGCAAUCUGGAAUUUAUUAGUAACAACAGGCCAAGAGGUCAAAUAUGAUUUGUUGGUAAGUAAUGCAAUUCAAUUUCUGGCUUCAGUUUGUGAGAGACCUCAUUAUAAGAAUCUCUUUGAAGAUCAGAAUACACUUACAAGUAUCUGCGAAAAAGUUAUUGUCCCAAACAUGGAAUUUAGAGCUGCUGAUGAGGAGGCCUUUGAAGAUAAUUCUGAAGAAUACAUAAGGAGGGAUUUGGAAGGAUCUGAUAUUGACACCAGACGCAGGGCUGCUUGUGAUUUAGUAAGAGGACUAUGCAAGUUUUUUGAAGGACCUGUGACAGGAAUCUUCUCUGGUUAUGUCAAUUCCAUGCUGCAGGAAUAUGCCAAGAACCCAUCUGUGAACUGGAAACACAAAGAUGCAGCAAUUUAUUUAGUAACCUCAUUAGCUUCGAAAGCUCAAACACAAAGACAUGGAAUUACACAAGCAAAUGAACUUGUAAAUCUUACUGAGUUUUUUGUGAAUCACAUUCAACCUGAUUUGAAAUCAGCCAAUGUGAAUGAAUUUCCUGUACUUAAAGCUGAUGGUAUCAAAUAUAUCAUGAUUUUCAGGAAUCAGGUACCUAAGGAGCAGCUUUUGGCUUCUAUUCCUCUUUUGAUCAAUCAUCUUCAAGCAGAAAGUAUUGUGGUUCAUACAUAUGCAGCUCAUGCUCUUGAAAGACUGUUUACCAUGAAAGGAUCUAAUAAUACUAUACUUAUUACAGCUGCAGAAAUUGCACCCUUUGUAGAGAUUCUACUAACAAAUCUUUUCAAGGCGCUCACACUUCCUGGCUCUUCUGAAAAUGAGUAUAUAAUGAAAGCUAUCAUGAGAAGCUUUUCUCUCCUGCAAGAAGCCAUAAUUCCAUAUAUCCCCACUCUCAUCACACAGCUUACACAGAAGCUGUUAGCUGUUAGUAAGAACCCAAGCAAACCUCAUUUUAAUCAUUACAUGUUUGAGGCAAUAUGCUUAUCCAUAAGGAUAACUUGCAAAGCCAACCCUGCUGCUGUUGUCAACUUUGAAGAAGCUUUGUUUAUGGUAUUUACAGAAAUUCUGCAAAAUGAUGUACAAGAGUUUAUUCCCUAUGUGUUUCAAGUGAUGUCUUUGCUUCUGGAAACACACAAAAAUGGCAUUCCAUCUUCCUAUAUGGCCUUGUUUCCUCACCUCCUCCAGCCAGUUCUAUGGGAAAGAGCAGGAAACAUUCCUCCUCUGGUGAGGCUCCUCCAGGCAUUUUUGGAGAAAGGUUCAAAUACAAUAGCAAGUGCUGCCGCAGAUAAAAUUCCUGGAUUACUAGGUGUUUUCCAGAAGCUUAUUGCUUCUAAAGCAAAUGAUCACCAAGGUUUCUUUCUUCUUAACAGUAUUAUUGAGCACAUGCCUCCGGAGUCAGUUGACCAGUACAGAAAGCAAAUCUUCAUUCUACUGUUCCAAAGACUUCAGAAUUCCAAAACAACCAAAUUUAUCAAGAGUUUCUUAGUUUUUAUUAACUUAUAUUGCAUAAAAUAUGGGGCACUAGCACUUCAAGAGAUAUUUGACAGCAUACAACCAAAAAUGUUUGGAAUGGUUUUGGAGAAAAUUAUUAUUCCUGAAAUACAGAAAGUUUCUGGACAAGUAGAGAAGAAGAUCUGUGCCGUUGGCAUAACUAAAUUACUAACAGAAUGUCCUCCAAUGAUGGACACUGAGUACACAAAGCUUUGGACACCUUUAUUGCAGUCGCUGAUUGGGCUUUUUGAAUUACCUGAGGAUGACACAAUCCCCGAUGAAGAACAUUUUAUUGAUAUAGAAGAUACACCAGGAUACCAGACUGCUUUCUCUCAGCUUGCAUUUGCUGGCAAAAAAGAGCAUGAUCCUGUAGGUCAAUUGGUGAAUAAUCCCAAAAUCCACCUGGCACAGUCUCUUCAUAAAUUGUCUACCGCAUGUCCAGGAAGGGUUCCUUCAAUGGUGAGCACUAGUCUGAAUGCAGAAGCAUUGCAGUAUCUCCAAGGAUAUCUCCAAGCAGCAAGUGUAACACUACUCUGAACUUCAUUUAUUUGAUGGGCAAAAAAUUUAAUAGAGCUUUCCUAUAAAAGGAUAUUGACUUGUAAGCAGAGCUUCGAUAAACCGAUGCAAGCAUCUCCUUUUGGAAAUUAUCACAGAAUCCAUCUUGUAAAAGAUAUUAAAUGUUACUUAAAGCAGACCUUGAGCAAAGUAGGUGGUUUAUGUGAUCAUAGGUAAUGGAGGCGGGUAUCUUUUUCCAUUCCCAAUUUGCAGCUUUCAGAAGGAAUAUUAGUAGCAGUUCAUUUUUUUGGAUUGAUUUUGGGAUCCACGUUUGCUGUGGUUGAAAGUAAUCUUUUCACUUUUCUGGAAAGCAUUGCUGUUGAGACUCAUUCUAUCACUAAAUUGCCUUUCCCUUUUGGAUGCUUUUGUCAUUUUGUAUUUUAUUUCCGUGUCUUUCCUUUAGCUUUUUGAUUUAAAAUGUGGAUAAAUGCAGGAUUGCUUGUGUCAAUUCAAUUACCAGGCCUUGCACAGUGAAUGGUUUUAAUUGUGUAGUCAGCAAUAAAGUAAACUCUAAGGUCUGUAUUAUAGAAUAGCUGAAGGAUAGGUUUACUAAUGGCUUGGGGGGGGCGGUUCAUAACCAUGGUCUUUUGGGGCAUCCAUUAUUAGGUCACUGACUGUCUUAUCACCUCUUCUCCUUUCUUAAAGGAAGGGAAAUGACAGUCUAUACAUAGUGAAAAACAAUGAAGUUAAUUUCCUACAGUUCUUGUACCUUUGCCCCAGUGACACUAAUGAAAAGGGUUUCUAUUACUUUGUUGGAAUGAUUUCUUUUCCUCAGCUUCAAUGUUUGCAAAUCGGGCUAAUACUUUUAUACCCUAACCUCACAAGGACAUUGUGAGAGAUCCAUGUUUGCUUUGAAUGUUUCCUUCUAUGCCCUAAGUGGCUUUUUCUUUUAUAUUCAUUUUUAGGAAUGAAGUCAGUUUAGGGUUGUGGGCUUUUUCUGCCUUGUGUUAAUUAUUAGAUCAUUGGCAUAACUUGAUUUUUAGGGGCUUAGCUUUUACUCCAAUAUAAUUGUCUGGAGUCAAUAUAAUCUUGCCCCCUCCUUCAGGUCCUCAUUUUGGCAAUUGUUCUUUAUAACUUGGCUCAGGAUUUGAUUUUUAUGGAUGUGCCCAGCUGAGCUCUUAGAUUUGAAAGAAGAUAUCGACAGCAGUGCUAAAAGUGAGCCAGGCAUCAGUCUUUCUGAGCUUGACCACGAAUGUGUCCUAUGGCUUCCAUUAAGGGAACAAUACUUUAAAAAGUUUCAACACUUGCCCUGUGGUUCUUUUAAUCAAAUUAUGUUUGGAAUUUAUGCAAAAAUUUUAUAUGCAGAGUACAUAAAACUAACCUGAAUACUGAGUUUUUAGUGAAAAUUAUUCAAGGAUAUGUCUUAACCUGCCUAAAAUCUCAGCACAUGACUUGUAAAUGCUUACUACUGCUCUUAAUGUUUUGUUUUUAUAGUUUUGGAUAAGACAUUUAAAGCAACCUAAGUGUGUUUGCACCUGGUCUAAUAAGAAUGCUUCUGGAUUUGUCAUCUUCCAUUGAUUAAACAAGUAGACAUCUGA